AUGACUGGCAUUUCGUGGCAAGAUCUGACCGAGCGUUGUCAGAAGAGACGAACAGCCGCCAUCCCGACAAGAUGGAGAAUUCCACCUCUGAAGCUCGACGAGACUAUCCGUUCAACGACUCGUCCAAUUGAGUUGUUGCCGCGCCUCUUGUCGUAUAAUGAGCUGCAAAUCACAGCCCUCGGCGCCGCAGAGUUGGCUGCCAAGAUUCGAAACAACGAAUUGUCUUGUAUCCAGGUCACGGAGGCGUUCUGUCACCAAGCUGCCGUCGCACAACAGCUGACAAAUUGCCUGACGGAAAUAUUCUUCAUCGAGGCACUGGAGCAGGCGCGGCAGUUGGACGAGGUGCUCAGGACCACGGGAAAGCCAAUUGGGCCUCUGCACGGGGUUCCUGUUUCAAUCAAGGACCACAUUGACAUCAAGGGCCAGCAUACUACGGCUGGAUAUGUUUCCUUUGCGCGUAGGCCUUUGAGAGAUGAUGACGCGCAGCUGGUGGAAAUUCUGCGCAAGGCGGGCGCAGUCAUGUAUUGCAAAACGAACAACUCGCAGUGCAUGAUGGCUGUGGAGACGGUGAACAACAUUUACGGCCGGACCGUCAACCCGUGGAAUACCAAGUUUGGCCCGGGAGGCUCCAGCGGUGGCGAGGGAGCCCUGCUUGCUAUGCAUGGCUCCCCGUUGGGAGUCGGUACAGACAGGGACGGUUCGAUUCGAAUCCCGGCUGCAUACUGCGGUUUGUAUGCGUUCAGGCCCUCGGCAAAGCGAGUUCCCCUGCGCGCAUCAGAAUGUGCCAUGUCGGGGCAGGAGUCGAUUGUGGCUGUUGCCGGGCCCCUAGCGCACAAUGUUGACGAUAUGGAGCUCUUCUUCCAGGUCAAUUCCGAUGCCAAGCCGUGGCUCACGGAGCCGCUGCUUCGCAUGCCGUGGACAUCGCAGAUGGACCAGAUGCAGCACCAGAAGCUGCGAGUCGGAGUCAUGCUAUGGGACGAGGUGGUGAUGCCCCAUCCGUACAUCACGCGGGUCAUUGGGGAAGUGGCAAAGAAGCUGAGGACGUCUGGACACGAAGUGAUUGAUUUCAAGGCGUACAAGCACAAACGGGCGUGGGACGACAUCUUGUUGCCGCUGUACUUUACGGACGGUGGCCGGGACAUCAAGCAGACACUCCUCGCCGGAAACGAGCCCAUCUUGCCUUCUGUAAAGCGACUGCUGGACGAUGCCACUGUCAGGGAAAGGAGGUACCACGAGAUAUGGAAACUCAAUCUCGAACGAGACGACUACCGCGCCCAAUACCUUGGCAAAUGGGCCGAGACGGCAAACUCUACGUCCUCUGGUGAGCCCAUCGACGUGCUUGUCUGCCCUGUAUCGCCCGUCCAGGGCAUGCCGCAGAGCGUCAGGCCCUGGUGGGGAUACUGCGCGCAAUGGAAUAUGCUGGACUAUCCCAGUGGCGUGAUUCCCGCCGGGAGAGUGCUCGAGACGGAUGCUUAUCCACCGGAUUACGAGCCCGCGAACGAGCUGGACAGGGAAAACAUGAACCUAUAUGACAAGGGCUUGUACCAUGAUUUGCCUGUGGCGAUCCAGGUAGUCGCCCCGACGCACGAGGACGAAAGGCUCAUGGGAGCCAUGAACAUCAUCGACAAAGUCGUGAACGGCUAG